AUGGAGGGACCGACGGCCGGCAGCCCAGGCCUCGCGGAGAAGCCGGUCCCCGCAGCCGCCAGCCCCUCUCUGUCCUCGCUGGGCGCUGUCUUCAUCCUCCUGAAAUCCGCGCUGGGGGCCGGCCUGCUCAACUUCCCCUGGGCCUUCCACAAGGCGGGUGGGGUGACCCCCGCCUUCCUGGUGGAGCUGGUCUCCUUGGUCUUUCUCAUCAGCGGGCUGGUCAUCCUGGGCUAUGCUGCCUCUGUCAGCGGCCAGAUGACCUACCAGGGUGUGGUUGGAGAGCUGUGUGGCCCGGCCCUGGGGAAGCUGUGUGAGGCCUGCUUCAUCGUCAACCUGCUCAUGAUCUCCGUGGCCUUCCUCAGAGUGAUUGGGGACCAGCUGGAGAAGCUGUGUGGCUUCCUGCUGCCCAGCGCCCCCCCAGCCCCGCAGCCGUGGUGCGUGGACCAGCGCCUCACCCUGACCCUGCUCUCCGCGCUGGUCAUCUUGCCCCUGUCCGUCCCGCGCGAGAUUGGGUUCCAGAAGUACACCAGCAUCCUAGGCACCCUGGCCGCCUGCUACCUGGCCCUGGUCAUCGUGGUGCAGUACUAUACCGGGCCCCAAGGCCUUGCUCGUGAGCCCCGCCCCGCACAGAGCCCCUCCUCCUGGACCUCCAUGUUUAGUGUCUUCCCUACGAUCUGCUUCGGGUUCCAGUGUCACGAAGCCGGGGUGUCCAUUUACUGCAGCAUGACCCAUCGGAGCCUCUCCCAUUGGGCCCUGGUCUCCGUGCUGUCCCUGCUGGCCUGCUGCCUCGUCUACUCGCUGACAGGGGUUUACGGCUUCCUGACCUUCGGGGCCGAAGUUUCUGCGGACAUCUUGAUGUCUUACCCAGGCGACGACGUGGUCAUCAUCGUGGCCCGGGCCCUCUUCGGAGUGUCCAUUGUGACCGUCUACCCCAUUGUGCUCUUCCUGGGGAGGUCGGUGAUGCAGGAUUUCUGGAGGAGGCGCUGGUGCCUGGCGUGUGGGCCCGGGGCCCUGGCGGAGCCCUCAGGGCCGUGGGUCCGGGUGCCGCUGACCGUCCUGUGGGUCGCCGUGACGCUGGCCGUGGCCCUGCUCCUGCCCGACCUCAGCGAGAUCGUCGGCAUCAUUGGUGGGAUCAGCUCCUUCUUUAUCUUCAUUUUCCCGGGUCUGUGCCUCAUCUGUGCCGUUAACGUCCAGCCUGUGGCUGCACGCGUCAGGUGCUGUUUGGAGGCGUGGGGAGUGGUCUCCGUGCUCGUGGGCACCUUCAUCUUCGGGCAGAGCACGGUAGCAGCCGCCUUGGAACUCCUCUGAGCGGGAGGGGGUCGGCCCGGCCCCCAUGGCUGCCCUGGUGCGGCUGCCUGCGUCCAGCUGUGCGACCCGUGUCCUUGCCUCAUAAAGAUGCUGGAGA